CACCGGAAAUGUAAAAUGUGUUUGGAUUUGUGGUUUGGUUUCUACGUCAAGUAUAGAAAUCUGCAAAUAUAUGGUGAAUUCAGACUGUUUGGGCCUCCAUAUAUAUGACGCAUUUAAGGAGACCGUAAACAAAGGUACGGAAACCGUUUUCAAUUGAAGGUAUACUGUAGCUGUUGUAAGAGUUCCAGUCAAUAUCUGCAUUGGAGAAGCGCCGCGGUCUCCAGUUCCCUCGCACCAACAUGCCCGCACUGCUUGAACGCCCCAAGAUGACCCGUACCAUGUACCACGCGCUGAAACGCCACAUCCUUAAGGAGAGGGAGAGGAAAAAGCAGGAACAAGAGCAGGAUGCAAUGAUGGAGAGAUUGAGAAAGGAGAGAGAAUUGAAGAAGAAGAAAGAGGAGGAAGACAGUCUCACCCUGGAACAGACAAAAGAACAGGUGUCCCAGUUGGAGGUGAAGCUGGAGACGUUGAAGACGGAGAAGCAUGACCUGUUUUCUCGCCUUAAGAAGGUUCUACACCAGGAGGAUGAGACCCGGAGACGGACACAGAUCAAGGAGCAACAGAGUGAGAUGUUGCUGCACGCUCAACAAGGCUUCCCGUCACACGGUAUCCCGGUGUCCGGCCACCCGGUCAUGAUACAACAGAUCUCUGGCAGACCCGCGCUGUACAAACCUCCCUCAUCUAUCAUCGGUGUGAAGCGCACAAGAAGUCCCUCCCCACCACCGUCCACCUCGUACCAGGGCUACUCCUACACCCCCGCCAAACAAGCCACCCACAUCUACCAACACCAACAGGCAGAGUUCAAGCAAGGCAACUACCCCCAGGGUCAGCCUGUUCAUGUGACCUACGCCAGCCAACCAGGACACACCUACCAACAGCAGGGUGUGGUCUACUCAAGCAGCCAAUCCCCUGCCAGCAAGUACAACCCAGCCAGCCAAUCAGCUUUCACCUCUUAUCCAAGCCAUUAUGCUCAACAUCAACAGAAGCAGCCAAUAGAGAACUACCCCCCAGGCUAUGUCAUACAGAGGAUGCAGCAACAAGGUAGGAACCUACAUCGGGUCCCCCCCCACAACUCUGGCAUCCCCAUCCAGCAGACCCUUGAGCACGCCACCCAGAAGUCCACAUUCAACGAAGAGAAGUACAAGAUCCAGCAGGUUCGUGAACAACAACGCAAUUACCAGUCUGAGGCAUGGCCAGCAGGUGCAUAUCCCUUCCCCAGGGGUGGUCUGCGCAAUAAGGCUCCUCAGAUGACGGGCCAGCAGCCGGCAGCCAUGUUGCAGCAACAGAUACAAGUCCAGCAGGCCCCUUCCUCCAAAGGCAGUAUAGUAACGGGGUACCCUGCCCGCACCCAGGCUCCGGCCUCCAGCACCUACCAGCCACCCACACAGAGUACCUACCACAACCAGCAGUCCGGGAGGCCGAACUGACCAGGUAGACGUGGUCAGUAUGGGAGUGUACGCUGACAGGAAUACUGGCAGGAGGUGGAGCUUGAUUGGAGGCUAGACAUGGGGCUAGAUGUGGGGCUAGACAUCAGGAUAGACGCUGCUUAGUGCGGAACUCCCAUGACAGACCGACAAAUGGUUGGAUCACACAUCAGGACUUAACUCCUGUAUAUUGUCCCCGAUUGACAAGUGUAUCACGAUGGCCUUGUGUAGAAGGUGCACCUCGCCAGAAAUGUGUGUGAAUGGUGUGUGUUCUACAUAGAUGUGUGUAACACGUGUGGUUACAUCACAAGAAGGAUGUGUGAAAACAGUGCAUAGUUCCCAUAGGUAUGGACUUUGUAUGUAAUCUCACACAUUGGCGGAUCCAGUGGGGGUAGGGGGUACGACACCCACCUCCCUUUUGGAAAUGACUAAAGACUACGUUUUGAAGUUAACGUUUUGCAUUGCAGGGGGGGUCAAACACAAACCACUAACACACACACCCCCCCACUCUCCCCACGCCCUCCUUUGAAAAUUCCUGGAUCCGCCUAUCUAAUGUUAAGAUACAACAGUGGCCUACCAAUCAGAUGUUUAAGUUGAUUGACUGUUUGGGCUGGAAAUUCCUUUCCUGUUUCAAAAUGAGAUAUUUGACAUCAGA